GGGCAAGGGUGUUAGUUGAGUGAAGCGUUGUCCUUUUCAUCGGGUAGACCCGAGUCCUUGGCCGCUGUUAACUGCUUGAAGGUUAGGGUUUACAGCAAUAAUGUUUGCUCAAUUUCUUCAUGGGGAUCCCAUUUGGCGUGUGUUAGUGGGCUUGUGUUUGUUAGUAAGGUCUGUGUAUUGGUGGUUUGUAGAUAUUGUCACAGAAGCGACGUUUUUAGGAAAGCACACUCGUCGCGUGCAGCGGGGGGUUCGAAUUGGAUUUUGUAUAUUUUUAGUUAGAGAGACCAUGUUCUUUGCUUCCUUUUUUUGGGCGUUUUUUCAUAGUGCAUUGGCUCCGGGGAUGGCCUUGGGGUUUUUUUGGCCCCCUCAAAUUUAUACAAUGUCUUGUUGGGGUUUGCCAUUGCUCAACACUAGUCUUCUUCUCAGAACUGUGUGUCCGUGCAAUUUAGCCCAGGCAGCUUUGAAGGCUGCGGAGCUUAAAACUGCUCUAAUUACUUUGGGGAUUGUAAUGAUUCUAGGGGCAUGUUUUGUCGUUUGUCAAGGCUAUGAGAUCUAUACGGCUAAGUUUACUAUUGCUGAUGGGAUUUAUGGGAGCUGUUUUUUUUCUUUAACAGGGUUGCAUGGGUUACAUGUGAUCGGGGGGUUGGUUUUUUUAUUUGUGGCUUGGAACCGGGCUCGUUUAGGACACUUUUCUAGUGCUCGACAUUUAAACCUAACUUUUGCUGUUUGGUACUGGCAUUUUGUUGAUGUAAUUUGGAUCUUUGUUUACAGGGCAGCUUAUUUGUGGAGAAACCUAGGAUGGCAGUGGACCUUCGAUGAUGCGUUUAACAAGGUCAAUUGGGCUCUGGGGUAUUUGAUGGGGUAGUAG